GGGCCCGACGGGGAGGCCGCCAUUGCCGCCGCUGCGCCGUCGCCCGGACGCGGUGGGCGUCAUGGCGGAGGCCGCCCCGACACCCGAGGACGGCCAGGGGAAGGAAGAAGAGGAGGAGGAGGAGGAAGAAGAAGAAGAAGAGGGGGAGGAGGUGGAGGAAGGCCCGGGCGCCGCGGAGACGAAUGGCAAAAUUAUUCCUUCCAAAUUGGAUAGCAACAAAGAAGGUGAAGAAAUUCUGUAUGAAAUGGCGUCCAAGGAUGAGGCAGAGCCCACCGGACAGAGUUCCACGAGGGAGGCUGACAGUAACAUUUUGGAUCUAUCAUCCGAUUUUCCAAGAGAAAAACACAUCUCAAUUCAAAAGCAACUUACCGACCUAGAGAAGUUAGCCGGCUUGGCCGAAGGUGAGUCUGCCUCCCCCGAAUCACCGAACGCAAAUCAUGUUGAAGCUGAUAGGAAGUUUUGUCCACUUUGUACUGAAGAAAAAUUCAAAGCUUCUUCUGUUCAUAAGCUUCAUCGGCAUCUUCAGAAUUUACAUUGGAAAGUCUCUGUUGAAUUUGAAGGUUACAAAAUGUGCAUCUGUUACUUACCUUGCCGGCCAGUGAAAUCAAACCUGAUAGGAGACCAGACCUCUACAAAGAUGGGCGCUCAUUACCACUGCAUUAUUUGUUCAGCAACAAUCACACGACGAACUGAUAUGGUAGGGCAUAUUAGUCGCCAUAUAAAUAAAGGAGAGACUGAAUCCCGAUAUAUUGCAGCUUCUGCUGCUAAAACUUCUCCUGAAGUUUUGAAAGAGGCUGACACAGAUAUUCAUGUUCUUCCUAAUCAUUCCACACCUCAGAAAACAGACUCCUAUUUUAAUCCCAAAAUGAAACUGAACAGGCAGCUAAUAUUCUGUGCCCUAGCUGUCCUAGCUGAGGAACGAAGCCCUUUGGAAUGUUUGGAUGCUUUUGGAGCAACUGGCAUAAUGGGAUUACAAUGGGCAAAACAUCUUGGGAAUUCAGUAAAGGUUACAAUUAAUGAUCUUAAUGAAAAUUCGGUGAUGAUGAUUCAGGAAAACUGCCAUUUAAAUAAAAUGAAAGUGGUGUUGGGCAAUAAGGAAGAGGAUGAGGGAAAUGAAGACCUCGAAGUAGAAGAAAACGUCGGAACUAUCGAGGUGACCAAAAUGGAUGCCAAUGUGCUAAUGCAUUUGAGAUCAUUUGAUUUCAUACACUUAGAUCCAUUCGGAACAUCAGUGAACUACCUGGAUUCGACAUUCAGGAAUGUAAGAAAUCUUGGAAUUGUGUCAGUAACGUCCACGGACAUCAGUUCUUUGUAUGCUAAGACGCUGCACGUGGCACGACGUCACUACGGUUGCACCAUUGUCCGAACAGAAUACUACAAAGAACUAGCAGCAAGAAUUGUAGUCGCUGCUGUGGCAAGAGCCGCAGCCCGGUGUAAUAAAGGGAUAGAAGUUCUACUUGCAGUAGCACUGGAACAUUUUGUGCUGGUGAUUGUCAGAGUUUUGAGAGGACCUUCUCAGGCAGAUGAAACAGCAAAGAAGAUUCGUUACCUUAUUCAUUGUCAGUGGUGUGAAGAGAGGAUUUUUCAAAAGGAAGGAAAUAUGGUUGAAGAAAACCCAUAUCGACAGCUGCCUUGCGACUGCCAUGGAAGCAUGCCUGGAAAGACAGCGAUAGAACUUGGUCCUCUGUGGUCAGGGUCCCUCUUUAAUACAGCAUUCCUCUGGAGAAUGCUGUGUAAAGCUGUGAAGCAUGGUUUAGAAGACAUUCAGACCUUAAUAAAGACCUUAAUAUGUGAAGCAGAGUGUACGACUCUGAAACAGCUUUCGAUUCACGGACCUUCAAAUCUCAGCAAGCAUGAGGAAUGUGGAGUCAUUAUUAAAACUCCGGAUUUGGCAACAGACUCCUGUGGCGUACAUGGAAAAAGAAAAAGGAACGAAGUGGGCAGAAAUGCAAGCAAAAGGCAAAAGACGGAAGUCAGUGCCGAACACCCUCCCUUUUACUACAAUAUCCACCGACACAGUAUCAAAGGAAUGAAUAUGCCAAAGUUAAACAAGUUUCUACAGUAUCUCACCCAGGCAGGCUUCCGUGUGAGCCGUACCCACUUCGACCCUAUGGGAGUUCGUACAAACGCCCCUCUGAUCCAGUUCAAGUCUAUCCUCGUGAAGUACAGCACCCCCACAGCCACCGGAGGCCAGACGGACGGCCACCUGCAGCCAGUGGAAGACGCAGCACCAGACCCUACCCAGCCUUCAGCCGACGGCAGAUCCAGGGCCGAAAGCUUAUUCUCAGAUUUCCGUACAGCUGAUCUGGCAGCCGCCGUGUAAAGACGGAGCUCGGAUGCUGGGGAUGUAAUGCCGUGGUUUUGAGAAGUAAAACAAUCCUAGUUUUACACUGAAACAGCAGCCAUCAGUUUAACUGCUUUUGGAAGCUAAGCUUUCCAAUUUUCUCUUGUUUUAAAGGAGACCAGUUUAAAGAUUUUACAAGACUUCAGAUGUGGUGCAUUGUUUUCUGUUGAGCAGGCAACUUGCCGUUCACUUGGAAAUAUUUCCUAGGUGCACAGCCAGCCAGCCGUUUUGUUUUAGGCUUCAUUGGCUUAUCUAUCCGAACCUAUUCAACGUGUUUUUAAUGUUCAAUUCAGAGGAGGGAGGGAGGGAUGGAUGGAUGGGGCUAACGCUUUAACACUUUCACAGCCUGGCAUCGACUUGGUCCCUGCAGCUUCCUUUUGGGCUUGCACCGAAUGUCAUAGCCAGAUUCGUGAUCUCCUUUCCGAUUUCUGGAACUGGCCCCGAUCCGUCAUUCCAGCAUAGUGCUUUCUGCCUCUGUACAAAAUGGAAAUGACUUAAGCUUUUGGAUGUUUAAACCCAAGCCAGACAGUGUUGCAGUUUGUAAGCUGAGGCUCCCUUUCCUAUUUAAAGUUUAAUCGUGCAAGCUCCAGGAAUGGGCAUCUACUCCUCCCCCCGGAAGGUGGGCUUCACCUUUUUUUGCUUUUUGGGGGGUCGGGAGAGACAGGAGGGUCAGUAAUUUAACCCGAUAGUUGAGAAGUGCUCUGGAUUUUGAGUUGGAUGGGACGUGCUUUUGGACAAGAGCUGAGAACAGUAGAUUCCAGCAUUUGUUUCUCUGGAAACAUAUGUUUAGAGAAAGAAGUGAAUGUGUUGCUGACCUCACUGUCCCAGUCCAUGCAUGAAUCCCCUAUGAAUCCCUAUAUUUGCUUGUGAGCUGCCUCUUCCAAGUGAAAUUGCUAUGAUUUUUACAGUAGUGAAGGUUUUUCUCUUUCAGUGUUCAGCAUUUUGUGUAUAGAGGCUGUAACGAAUCGUAAAAAAAAAAAAAUUGGUUGAUUUGUUUUGUUUCAAUAAAUAUUGUUCUCGCAGAUUCA